AUGAACGAAGACCCAACGGUUAAUUUAACGUGGCUGCCUCCGGAUCACUUAGAAGCCAGUCCGGCAGAGAAUGUCACGGCUGCAAUUACCUCCCUGAUUCCUGCCAGUGACCCAGAGCCAGAGUUCAUAGUAAACCCCUGGGAUAUUGUCUUGUGUACUUCAGGAACCCUUAUCUCCUGCGAAAAUGCCGUGGUGGUCCUUAUUAUCUUCCAUAAUCCUAGUCUCCGUGCCCCUAUGUUCCUCCUGAUAGGAAGCCUGGCCUUGGCAGAUCUCUUGGCAGGGAUCGGACUGAUCUUCAAUUUUAUCUUUGCCUACCUCCUCCAGUCGGAAUCUACCAAGCUGGUCACGGUUGGACUGAUCGUUGCCUCUUUCUCUGCCUCUGUCUGCAGCUUGCUGGCUAUCACGGUUGACCGUUACCUCUCCCUCUAUUAUGCUUUGACUUACAAUUCAGAGAGGACUGUCACUUUCACCUAUAUCAUGCUGGUUCUGCUCUGGGGAGCUUCCAUUUGCAUCGGGCUGCUGCCUAUAAUGGGCUGGAACUGCCUGAAAGACGAAUCCACCUGCAGCGUGAUCCGGCCGCUCACUAAAAAUAACGCGGCCAUCCUCUCCGUCUCUUUCUUGCUCAUGUUUGCUCUCAUGCUCCAGCUGUACAUUCAGAUCUGCAAAAUCGUGAUGCGCCAUGCCCAUCAGAUUGCCGUGCAGCACCACUUCCUGGCCACUUCCCACUAUGUGACGACCCGAAAAGGAGUGUCCACCUUAGCCAUUAUCCUGGGGACCUUUGCUGCUUGCUGGAUGCCUUUCACUCUCUACUCUUUAAUAGCCGACUACACCUACCCUUCAAUAUACACCUACGCGACUCUCCUCCCAGCCACGUACAAUUCCAUCAUCAACCCUGUAAUAUAUGCUUUCCGAAACCAGGAAAUCCAAAAGGCACUUUGGCUCAUUUGCUGUGGCUGCAUUCCUUCCAACCUUUCGGCACGGGCGAGAUCUCCGAGUGAUGUUUGAUUAAGAGAGAGGACAGACAUUCAUUUAGCGUUGUGUUACAUGGCUUUGCUGCUUUCGUUGCAUUGUACAUAACAGAUUCACACUCGAGCCACAGGGAGUAUUGACCUUUUUUAAAUAAAGGGAGGAAAGGAAAGGAAAAACCCUGUUGACCCAAAUAAACCAUGUUGUGCAGUUUCAGGAUCAUGCCUAGAAGCUAAAUCAACUCUUUACCAACUUUUGAGUGUUGCUUAUAUUCUGCUCUUGUUGGGCCUGGGGGUGGGGUGGGGAACUAAUCCCCUUAGAUCCAACUAUUUCUCCCAGGCUUCACUGUAUCAGUUGAGAGGGGAUGUUCAAUGUAGAUCUGAUU